GCGAAAAGCAACUGACAUGUUGACAUGUCAGACAGACAAAUAUUCUUCCCUUCACUUAUUGUUCACGAAUUUGGCUGAAUAAAGACCGUUCAAGAUGUUGAAUUUGGAGCUGAUGACAGAGAGGGACCGCAAGGAGGCUGCUGCGAUUGAAAGGAGAAGGAGGAUGGAAGAUGCGAGAAAGAAAAGGAUAUUCGAUCCGAAGACGAGAUUGUUUGGGAUCGACUACGAGGCACUUGACAGACAGAUAGCCGAGAAGAAGAAGAACGACGACGAGAGGAAACGCAUAGAGCAGAUAAUGGAUCUACAAAUGGUGAAAAACGACGAGAUAGCUCUGGCUUACGAGCGGAAGGAGAAGCAGGAACGGGCGAAGCUGCUGCAGGAAAUAAACAGCUUUCGUCAAGUGUACCAACGUUUCGAGGACAGAAGGGAAUUCGAUAUAAACGAUCCGAACGCCAUCAAGAAGGAUAUUCCGGCACGUAUACACGAUGAUGACCCUAGAUUGGGACCGUCUUCUGCUCAAAAGUUCGAGGGGGAGGACCUGGUCAGCGGACAAAGAUUGAGGAUCCAGAGGGAACAGAUUAAAGCGUGGCUGGAUCAGCAGAUGCAGGAGAAGGAGGCGGCCCUGAAGGAGCAAAAAGUCGCCGAGGAGGCCUACAAGGCGGCCAUGGUGGCCAGGGACGAGAGGGCGUUGCAGCUGGAGAGGAUGGAGAUGGAGUGCAGGAAGAGAUUGUACGAGGCCAACCGGAGGUUCAACGCCGCACUGGCCGCAGAGAAAGAGUUCGAACGCAAGGUCCAGAUGAAACAGACGACCGAAGAUAACUUUGCCGAGAUCUACAACACGAUGACCAGCGACAUGAUGGCCGAAAACCCGGAAAUAGCCCUCAGUAACCUGGGUCCAGGGAGAAAGAUCUCCUCGCAGUACAAGGGCAUGUCCAGGGAAGAACAAGAACAAAUAAGGCUGGACCAACUGGCGCAGAUCGAGGAGAAGAAGAAGCAGAAGGCGGCCGAGAAGAGGGCCGAGAGGGAGUUCGACGAUUACCUGAACGGAACCCAGAAAACGAUAGCGCUAAUGGACCUGGACCUCAAAAGGAAGGAAAAGGAACGUCUGAAAGCUCUAGCGGAAGAAAAUUUAAAGAUGGCAGAAGAACAAAAACUGAAAACCAAGUACAUGGAACAAGUUGUGUAUUCUAACAGACCGACCGCUGCCUUCUUCGAUCAGUUCAACAAAUCCACCCGCUGAAAAUGUCAAAAAAAUUAUUCUUAUCCAAGUUUGAUUAUAUAUUUUAUUAUAUUUCUAUCGAAACACCGUU